GCCUCUCACUCUGCCAGUUAGCACUCCACGUUGAUUCUCCUUCUGGGGAGAGGCUGUCUCUGAGUGGGUGGAAGAUGAGGUUCCUUUGGCUCUUGCUUCUCUUUGCCUUUCUCCAUUGCGUCACUUCCACUUGCCCCCCACGCUGCCGAUGUGCCUCCACAUUCAUUGACUGCAUGUCAACUGAUCUCACGGAUGACAGCCUCCCCGCCUCCUUCCCGCCCUCGACGACCAACCUCUACCUCAACAGCAACGAUCUCACCUCCAUUCCCAACGGACUCUUUGACAACCUGAAGGACCUCCGGGCUGUCUACCUGUCGGAGAACCCUUGGGACUGCGACUGCAACAUCCUCUACCUGCGCUCCUGGCUGCAGUGGCAGCAGAACCGGACUCUUUACCGGAAUGUAGUGUGCUAUUCCCCCUCCCAUCUCCAAGGCAGGAUCAUCAGCUAUUUGUCGGAGGAUGAGAUCAUUUCCACAUGCCAGUAUUGGUACUGUGGUGUGGCACUCAUCUCCCAGAUCUGCCUUUUCAUCUUCAUCCUUGUGCAAGCACUUCUGCUUUUCCUUGUCAUCAUCUACCUGCGCAGAUUCCACAGGAUAGCCAAGGAUGCCAGGAAAACAGCCACUGAGAUCUACGAGCAUGGAGAUACAUGGGAGACUCUUUCCCAUAUGGGUGCCGAAUGAUCAAUGGGAAAGCUGUUAAAUUUAAAAAAAAACCAAAAAAAGAUUAGCAUGCCAACCCUUCUUCUUCCUACUGGAAGAUUGUCCAAUUCUGUGCAGAUGGAAGGGGAGGGGUGGUGCUCUUGCCCUUUGGCAUUCCAAAGAGGAAACCUCUUUGGUGUCACCCCUUUGGUGGCAACCAUGCUACCAAGAGGUGCCAGGCUUUUAUGAUCCCUGACUCAGGGUGCUUAGCUCCAGGAAGCGUGGAGAAGAUGGCAUCGUUGCAGAAUAGCAAAAUCCACAAGGGUUCAGCUGCUGCCAUCGGCCUGGAGGAUAAUCAGGACUCACUCUUGGUGGCUUUUUCCAAGAAAUCCAUUUGGCCACUGUUGACAGCAGCUUCUGAAUUACUUCCUUCCUUCCUUCCCUCCUCCCCUACCUUGGGCUGUUCUUUUGCAUCAGAGCAGGGCAGGGCUCGCAUCAGUAUACAGCAUCCUUGAACAGCUUUGAGGACCCUGCUACUGUUGAUGUCUGCCAUAGCCCCCCAAUUCAUCCACUUCCCCUCCCCAGCACUCUGAUGCCGAGUACCGGGUAUCACCAUUUACACAUCCCCCAAUGCCCUGACACUGCACUACUCUGGGCUUUAAAAAAUCUGAGCUGUAAAUUGUAUUAUGCUGUCUCUGUUGUAAGGAAGGGUUUUUGUUACUGCUGCUGCUUAUUUUUAUUUUUACAUGCUGCCUAAGGCUGCCACCUCACUCUACCCAAUGAUAGGGCAGGCCUUGUUUUUAAUCUCAUGCGAUGUAUCUAUUGCAUUUCAUAAUCUGCUGAGCAUAAUGGGAUGUGGCCUUUCUAAAUAAAAUGAACCACAUGGCAAACACCAUUUGUGAAAGCAACGGGGGAACCUUUUAAAAUAUUGUUGGUGGGAGUUGCAAAUACCAUGGAUUCAGAGCAUCUUUGAAGUUAAAUCUCAGAACAGAGCGUGGAUGCAUCUUGUCCGUAGCGUUGUAUAGAGAUGGAGGAGAAAUUCAAUUCAGUUCACAUUUAAAGGUGAAUUUAUCAGAGUCACACUUACUAAAACAAUAUGAAUGAAUGAAUGAAUAAUUUAUUUCAGUCGUAGACCAGC